GGUGAUACGUUUGUGCCACAUGAAACAGUCUCUGCUUCCAAAGGCGCCAGUGGCUGAGGGAGGCAGCUCAUCAGCAACAGCUCCUGGCUGCUGGACUCCGCAGGGAGGGAAGGAAGAUUGGCCGCAAUGUCCCAGCAGAAGUGCAUCGUGAUCUUCGCCCUGGUGUGCUGCUUUGCCAUUCUAGUUGCGUUGAUAUUUUCCGCCGUGGACAUCAUGGGAGAGGAUGAGGAUGGACUCUCAGAAAAAAAUUGCCAAAAUAAAUGUCGAAUUGCCCUGGUGGAAAAUAUUCCUGAAGGCCUUAACUAUUCAGAAAAUGCACCAUUUCACUUAUCACUUUUCCAAGGCUGGAUGAAUUUACUCAACAUGGCCAAAAAGUCUAUUGACAUAGUGUCUUCCCAUUGGGAUCUCAACCACACUCAUCCAUCAGCAUGUCAGGGUCAACGUCUUUUUGAAAAGUUGCUCCAACUGACUUCGCAAGAUAUUGAAAUCAAGCUAGUGAGUGAUGUAACAGCUGAUUCAAAGGUAUUAGAAGCCUUGAAAUUAAAGGGAGCCGAGGUGACGUACAUGAACAUGACCGCCUACAACAAGGGCCGGCUGCAGUCCUCCUUCUGGAUUGUGGACAAACAGCACGUCUAUAUCGGCAGUGCCGGCUUGGACUGGCAGUCCCUGGGACAGAUGAAAGAACUUGGUGUCAUCUUCUACAACUGCAGCUGCCUGGUCCUAGAUUUGCAGAGGAUAUUUGCUUUAUAUAGCUCAUUAAAAUUCAAGAGUAGAGUACCUCAAACCUGGUCCAAGAGACUCUACGGAGUCUAUGACAAUGAAAAGAAAUUGCAACUUCAGCUGAAUGAAACCAAAUCUCAAGCAUUUGUGUCGAAUUCUCCCAAACUCUUUUGCCCUAAAAACAGAAGCUUUGACAUAGACGCCAUCUACAGUGUGAUCGAUGACGCCAAGCAGUAUGUGUACAUCGCCGUCAUGGACUACCUGCCCAUCUCCAGCACAAGCACCAAAAGGACUUACUGGCCAGACUUGGACGGGAAAAUAAGAGAAGCCUUAGUUUUACGAAGCGUUAAAGUCCGACUCCUUAUAAGCUUCUGGAAGGAAACGGAUCCCCUCACAUUUAACUUUAUUUCAUCUCUUAAAGCUAUUUGCACUGAAAUAGCCAACUGCAGUUUGAAAGUUAAAUUUUUUGAUCUGGAAAGAGAGAAUGCUUGUGCCACAAAAGAACAAAAGAAUCAUACCUUUCCUAAAUUAAAUCGCAACAAGUACAUGGUGACAGAUGGAGCAGCUUAUAUCGGAAAUUUUGAUUGGGUGGGGAAUGAUUUUACCCACAACGCGGGCACUGGCCUCGUUAUCAACCAGGCAGAUGUGAGGAACAACAGGAGCAUCAUUAAGCAACUGAAAGAUGUGUUUGAAAGGGACUGGUAUUCACCUUACGCCAAAACCUUACAGCCAACCAAACAGCCGAACUGCUCCAGCCUGUUCAAACCCAGACCCCUCGCCAACAAAACUGCCACCUCCAACGCGAAUGGGAAGGAGCCCUGGAGUGUAUAAUGUGAUCAAACAAACUGAUGGGGACAGCUCCGUAUUUCAUAUUUAUAUAUAAAGGACUUGAGGAGAGAAAACCAAUUUAAUAUGUCUUUUUUUUUUUUAGGGAAAAAGCACACUUCUAAAAAUAUUCUCCGAACGACACAUAAUAUCUAUCCAACACUAUCUUAGCGUCCUGCACACUGAAAAGUAAGAACUUUUGUAUUUGUUAACUUCUGACGGAGAAUCUCAUUCUGGCUGAGAAGUUAGUUUUUACGUUUGCAUACAAAUUUUAAGACUUCGAUUCCUGUUCUUUUCUAGUUUUAGAACUUUUUCUGCUGACCCCAGCCGGUCAGUUCCUAGGAAGCUUAGCAUGAGAUGAGCUCUUCAACGCCAUUCUGAGAACUGAUUUAGAAGGAAGUUUUGAGGGUUUUGCCUUGGAGAAGAGACUGAUAAACCAAGUAUUUAUCCUUGUAAACUAUCUCCAAGCCCUAUGCAGUCAUCAAAGCAUGAACAGCUUACAUCUCAUGCCAGCUUUUAACACUCUUGAAAAAUAGCCUUUUCUGUCAUCUUGUUCAUUUUCUUCUAAUACCAUAGAUUUUAUUUAGUAUCAUUUUCUCGUCUCACAAAAUGUUCCUGUUUGAUAGCGUGCCUAUAUUCACCUCUACAUUAGCCCUAAGUAUGGUAACAUCUUUUGAAAAGGUAUCAAUUUCUCAGAAUGGAUGCAAAAUGGAAAUAGCGGUCUUUAAUUUUCACCUUUCAACUGCAUCUUUUCCCCUGCCGGAUUGGUAUUUUUAAAUCACAGUCAGCAAUAUGUAUCCUUUGUCUCAAACUCAGAGAAAUUAUGUAGCCACCUGCUAAUAUCCAGCAAGCUAUGAAGUCUGCAUUUUGAGAAUAAAGUAGUUUUUCACA